AUGGUGGGGAGAGGCGUGCCGGCGAUAACGACGGUGGCCGUGGCCGCCCUUGACUUAACGGAAUCCUCCAACUGGUGGCGGGACAUCAACAACUCUCCGCUCUGGCAGGAUCGCAUCUUCCACCUCCUCGCCAUCCUCUACGGAAUCGUCGCCGCCGUCGCUUUGGUUCAAUUAGUGCGAAUACAAUUGAGAGUGCCGGAAUACGGAUGGACCACGCAGAAGGUCUUUCACUUUCUCAAUUUCUUGGUCAAUGGGGUUCGGUGUUUUGUUUUCGUCUUCCGUAGGGAUGUGCAGAAGUUACAGCCAGAGAUUGUCCAACAUAUCUUACUUGACAUGCCUAGUCUUGCUUUCUUCACAACUUAUGCUCUGUUGGUACUGUUCUGGGCUGAAAUUUAUUACCAGGCACGUGCUGUAUCUACUGAUGGUCUCAGACCAAGCUUCUAUACUAUUAAUGCUGUGGUUUAUGUUAUUCAGAUUACUUUAUGGUUGAUAUUAUGGUGGAAACCUAUCAGAGUGCUUGUCAUCCUGUCUAAGAUGUUCUUUGCAGGGGUAUCUUUGUUUGCAGCCCUUGGCUUUCUUCUCUAUGGUGGAAGACUAUUCUUGAUGCUGCAACGCUUUCCUGUUGAAUCCAAAGGUCGACGUAAGAAGCUGCAAGAGGUUGGCUAUGUGACUACCAUAUGCUUUUCAUGUUUCCUUAUCAGAUGUGUUAUGAUGUGCUUUAAUGCAUUUGAUAGAGCUGCUGACCUUGAUGUCUUGGACCAUCCCAUUCUGAAUUUUAUAUAUUAUCUGUUGGUGGAAAUAUUGCCUUCUUCUUUGGUCCUUUUCAUUUUGAGGAAGCUGCCACCCAAGCGUGGUAUCACACAAUAUCACCCCAUUCGCUGA